CUUCCGUCGUUGCUAUGGCAACACAAAACACGUUGUCAAGGACUUGUUGCGUACUGCAAAUUCCCCUGCAUGGUUUGGUCAACUUUUUAAUAAAUAACACAGAUGGGAUAAGAAGUUUCUGUCGGCCAUUUUCUCAAAGCCAUGUUAGCGGAGUCGAGGGUUCCAAAGCCAAUUGGAUCAGACACACAAUGGAAGUCGUCAAUCACUGUGAACAAUGUCAAACAUUCACAUAGCGAACAGAAGCACCAGCGGCAUGCAUUCAGUUAUGGAAGCAACUUCUUGGGACUGGAAACAAAGACAGAACUGGUCUGGGAGGACUGGAAUGAGGGGAGAGAAUUCACCAAGUUGCUAGUGUUAAAGAAUAUUGGCCUCAAGAUUCAAAAGCUUCAGUUGAGACCUCCAGUGUCCAAAUUCUUCACCAUCUCUGUCUCACGGAUCAUUGCCAUCAGCCCAGGAACUACAUUCUCCAUACCAGUCACAUUUACACCAUUUGAAAGGUGUAACUAUGAAGACAGUAUUGAGUUCCAGAGUAAAAGUGGCAGCUUCCAAGUGUUCCUUCAGGCUAUUGCUCCCUGUCCUGCCUUGGAAGUUCCAGACACUGUACUCCUUCCACUUUGUGCUGUUCAUCAGUCUGCUUCUACUGUCUUUCUCUUAAAAAAUAUGAGCAAACUCCAUACAUACUUCAAGUGGGAGUGUUCAGAACCUUUCCAAGUGAGUCCAGUCCAAGGUGUGCUGCAACCCAGCCAGGUGCAUCACAUUACCGUCCUGUUCAGACCACAGUCGGCACUGUUGUUUCAUAAACAUGCCUAUUGCAACUUUGGAGAAGAAGGAGGCGAGACAAACAGCUGCUGCACAGUGCUUCUUCAGGGAGUUGCCAAGUACCCAUGUCUUUACCUGAGAAACCCAAAUUCCAAGAGUAGAAAUGAUCCUAGUUGUUCAGAGCUUAACUUUGGAUCUGUCCCAAUUGGAAAAAGUGUACAAAAGGGUUUUGACAUAUAUAAUCCCUCACAUGUAACAGCAUUUUUCUCUUUGACACGUCUUUCUGGGGGCUUGCCUUUGUUAGGGUCUGAGUUCAUCUGUGACAUCAACAGCGGUACUGUUGCCCCAGGUGAAACUGUGUCAGCUAAAGUCACCUUUGUACCUACUGUUGCUGAUUCUGUCUCUGUUGAGUAUUUGACAAUAGAGUGCAAAGGGGCACUCAACCAAACAGUGCUUAAGAUCACUGGAAACAGUGCAGGUCCUAAAUUGUCAUUGUCUUCAUCUGUGGUUGACUUUGGCUGUAUUAAGGAAGGCGAUGCAUCCUCAGAGACAAUUGAGAUGGUUAAUUCAUCAUCUGCUGAGGCAACAUAUCAGUGGGAUCUUGACUGCACUGGACACAGUGUGUUCAGAAUUCAACCACAGUGUGGUACCGUUAAAAAACAGAGCAGUGUAAAGCUGCAAAUAUUCUACCUCCCCACUAUGCCUAUUGCAUAUCACAGAAGUGUAUCUUGUUUUAUACUUCAGGCGGAACCUUUGUUCCUUGACCUGAUUGGAACCUGUCACUCAGAUGUCCAGGAACCAGCUGUUUUGACACAAGAACAUUUGUCAGAGAGCAAAAAGGAGCCGUCUGAAAUCAUUAGUGCCUUGCUGCGAAGCUAUAGCACGCAAUCGGACACACAGGCACUCUGCUUUCCUCUGGAUGAGCGAUCAAGCCGACAACUAGAUUGCUCGAGUGCGAUGUUCAGCACUCCUAGGGAAGACAAUGACAGACACUGCUCCACCUGGGAGGUGGAUUCACUUCCCACCGCUUUAUCUUCACCAUCCACACAAGUAUCUGUGGUCCCCAGUGAGCUGCUGUUUCAUCACAACAGUUCUUCCAGCUUGUCUUCUUCGCUUACGCCCUCUAAGGCUGUCGCCAUCACCAACCACACCUCUGUGAAAAUCACCCUGGUGUGGACCAAUGCCCGAAACUCUCCAUUCUCCAUCUCUCCAAUAAAAUCUGACCUGUCCCCACUAAAGUCCACGUCAUUCCGAGUGUCAUAUAAUCCGAAAGAGCUAAAUACAUUACAUGGAGCUCAACUUGAAUGCUUGGCUGUUAGACAGAGCACGUCUGACGAGGAUGAGACACCUAUAUGUCCACCCUGGUGUGUCAUUGUCAGAGUGAUUGGCCAUUCCUUUGAACUCGGCAAAGAGCACUUUUACCCAUGCUGCUCUCUUGAGCCAAAUCAAUUGCUGUUUUCAGGGCUGAGUGUUCAGUCCUAUCAGACAGUGCUUCUCCGCAAUAAUGGAGACCAGCCCCUCACCUUCUGUCGAAACCUAAAUGACAGCUCAGAGCAGGAGGCAUCAGUGUUACUCGUGCCAAGAUGCGGCUUAGUCCAACCUGGGACUCAUCAAAUUCUCACUGUCAUAACAACUCCCAAAGAAGACACCUCUUCAGAGGGACUUAAAUUGCGACUACAGUUCAAUGCAACGCAACACACAAAGGAGAUAACUGUUUUUAGCGUGUUGGAAAAGAUCGGCGUGUCCCUGGAAGGUGGAGGAAAUUUGUAUUUCCAAGAUACAUCUGUAGGCUCACAUGCUGAACGGACACAUCUCAUCAGGAACAUCUGUCGCAUGCCGCUAUGCUUCCAAUGGACCAUUCCAGAGUCAGACCAGGAUUUUAUCUCUGUUCAACCAGAUACCGGUCAACUGCAGUCUAAUGAGAGCUUGUUGCAGACUUGGUUUUUCAGUCCAAUGGAAGAGAAAACAUACAUCAUUGAACCUUCGGUCUCUGUUUGGCCAGUCAAGAAUCUUGAAUGUGAAAAGACAAUUAUUCCCCUCAAAGUAGUGGGAACAGGCUCCAAGGGCUUCAUACAGGCAGUUAGAGAAUUUGAGGAUAUGGAGGACACUUUGGUUGGGUGUUCCCAGUCAAUUGUUGUUUCUCUUGUGAACAACAGUACCUGCUCAGUCUCCUUCAUUCUUUCUGUUGAGCAGACACUACAAGAUGAGCAAACUCAUCAUGACCCAGAAACUGAGCCAUAUAUACAGACAGCUCUGCAGCUUGACUGUCAAAGCGAAACUAUGGCCUCACAGUCCACAAUGCUCCUCCGUGCCACAUUUAGGCCAGAUAGACAAGCCCAGUACCAGUGGACCAUCAGCUACAUCACACUAAACCCCAGUGGUGUGCCGUUGUCCUCUCCCCAACCACUGUGUGAAUUGCGUGCUAAGGGUGUGUUCCCUACCCUACAAGUGACUGAUGCGUGCAGUCGCGGCACUGUAGCGUGGCUCAACAAGGCAUAUGUGUGGAAACUAUUCUCAGUAGACAGCUUCAAUGAGCAGCUACUCUCCAUCCCCUCCCCUGUGGAACACACUUACAGAAACCCAGAAAGGCACAGUAUGCGCACGUACCCCACCAUUCUAAUCAAAGCCAUGUUGGAUUUUAACUUCAGUUCAGCUCCCCUGAACUCAGAACCUUCUACUUUUGUGUUGGUGUUUCACAAUCCUGGCUGCAUCCCUGUAGAGUGGACAUUCUUGUUUCCAGAUGACCAACAGGUAGACUUUAAGCAGUGGACCCAGGCACAAGAGUUAUGUCACAACGAGCUUCACCAGAUGGAGGUUGUGGAACUUUUCAACAUUUCUCCACUUUCAGGAACGUUGCUUUCUGGCCAGCAGAGGGCAGUACAGUUCAGCUACAGUCACGUCUUGGUUGGAACACAUCAGUUACCAAUCGUUUUAAAAAUCUCACACGGCAGAGAGAUCUUGUUGCACUUUCAAGGGGUGACAUUGGAGCAGGAAAGACCAUUUCUCUACUUUCUAACCAGGCAUCAUGUUUUCACUCCUGUAAUGAUCGGGGAUUUAACAUCUCCAGUACAGAUGUAUGACCUUUACAACGGUGGUGGUAUUCCUGUCCGUUAUGAAGUGGAUGCAGGUGUGUUGUCACAGCUACAAGAGAACAAUUUUAAUCAACCUCUGCUGUGUUGCCUAAACCCAGUGGGAGAAAUUCUACCUGGGAAGACAGCAACGCUGGAAUUUAUUUUCUCUCCAUUGGAGGCCAAGAUGUACAGUAUGGAUAUUCCUAUUCACAUCCAAGAUGGAGACACUACACUAUUAAGGUUUGACUGUUAUGGCCUAGGUCCUCAAACAGUGCUGUCAAGCAGUGAUACCAAAUCAUCUAUACCCUGUGUCCGAAGGAUACCACUACCAGGAUUGGGUGCAUUCCUGUCUCAGGACAGUGUCUCUAUAGGCAACAUGCCAGUGGGCUCACAAUCUUCAAGAGUCAUCUUCUUAAUGAACAUGUCCCUGAAAGAAACCCUCUAUAAAUGGAACCUAACCAAGGUUGUACAUAUCUAUCCUGAACAAGGACUUCUACAUCCAGGGGAGAGCAUCUUUUGUGUUCUGACCUUCAAGGCAACAGACUACCCCACUGUCUAUCAGCUUGAUAUCACCUGUCAGCUGACACAGAAGGCAGCUUUGGAUCAAUAUUAUGAUGCUCUGCAGCGUUGGGAGCAAGAACGAAAGAAGCAGCAAAAUGAAUUCACAAUAACAGACAAAGACCUCACUGUAUCUGCCACUGCUGUUCCAACAAAAGGGCCGUCACUGUGCAAGUACAAGAUUCUGCCGCCUAUUAAUUCCAAGUCAGCACGAGCAGAGCAGCGUGUGCAGUCUGAUCAUGUAAAAGUUGGGGCACGCCCUGUACCACCUCAAACUACUCUGCUGCAUCUGUGUGUGACAGCACGCUCCUAUCGGUUUCAGGAAUUUAUCCAAAAUUUCCCUGACCAGUUUAAUAGUCACUAUAGGUGCUUCCUCUCUAUCAAGCCUCCUUGUCCUAAAACCAUGUUGUGUGAUACACACCUUGAUUGGCAACCUGCACAGACGCCUACUCCUGAGCGAGCCUUCCUCGAGCAUGUUAUCACUUCUCUACUCAGGACCAUACUGUAUGAUGAAGAAUUUGCUAAGUCUCUGCUUUCUUUGGCAUCUAUACCUUUCACAUACAACGCCCGAGCAAGCUCCUCCUUACCUCUGCCAACACCCGAACCUCAAAAUGAGCAGGAAGAGACAAAAGCUUUGUUAGAUAUAUCGGACAGCCAAGUGGACAACAAGACGAGCGCAGGAUGUUUAGGGACCGGGCUGGAAAUGAACCCAGACACUGAACUUGUACCUGCUGCUGUGUGCAACGACAUAUUGCUCAACACACUCCAGAAUCUCAUGAUGGAGGCUGUGAGAGGAGAUUUUAACCUUACAGAGAAUUCUCCGACUGAUCUCUCAUCAUAUGCCUCCCCCGGAACUCGGAGGUAUUCCAAUGACAAAGUCCAGGACGACAGAGAGACAAUCCAAGACGAACAAACUCAACAUGACCAACAAGCCUCACCAUCUGGCUGACAUCACAGAUGAUUAAGUACAGUUUGCCCGCAUCAUGUUGACGUUGCUUCAAUCAGCUCGCAGUGGUAAUGACUCUACUGUUCGUCUUGUUUUGUGGAAACAAGUUCAAAGCUCGUGUGUACGUCAUGUAUGCAAAAGUACUUCAAAGUGCACCUGAAUUGAGCAACCAAAAAACAAAACAAGUUUUUUUGUCCAGUCAUAUACCUUGUUAUUGUACUUAUCCUAAAAGUAGGACCGCUAUCAGGAAUUCUGUGCCCCGUUAUUCCCCCCACUUAACACCUGCCAGUUAGAGAAUCUUGAAAGUGUCCCAACACUGCUUAAAAAUAAUGUUCUUGUGAACCCGAUACAGUGGCACCUCGAUUUACGAACUUUAUUAAUUCUUGAACAUGGUUGGUAAAUCAAAAAGUUCAUAUAGGGAGGCAGAGUUCCCCUUAAGAAACAACGUACACAUUUAAUAAUUGCUUCUAGCCUAGACAAAAGUCCAUAUGUAAAAGAAUGCACACUUUGAAGAAACAACUACCGUAUUUUUCGGAGUAUAAGUCGCACCGGAGUAUAAGUCGCACCUCGAUUUACGAACUUUAAUAAUUCUUGAACAUGGUUGGUAAAUCAAAAAGUUCAUAUAGCGAGGCAGAGUUCCCCUUAAGAAACAACGUACACAUGAAUAAUUGCCUCUAGCCUAGACAAAAGUCCAUAUGUAAAAGAAUGCACACUUUGAAGAAACAACUACCGUAUUUUUCGGAGUAUAAGUCGCACCGGAGUAUAAGUCGCACCUGCCGAAAAUGCAUAAUAAAAAAGGAAAAAAACAUAUAUAAGUCGCACUGGAGCCCGGCCAAACUAUGAAAAAAACUGUGACUUAUAGUCCGAUAAAUACGGUAUGUAUAGUACAGGCCAAAAGUUUGGACACACAUUCUCAUGUCAAUGCGUUUUCUUUAUUUUCAUGACUAUUUACAUUGUAGAUUGUCCCUGAAGGCAUCAAAACCACGACACCUGUGAAGUGAAAACCAUUUCAGGUGACUACCUCUUGAAGCUCAUCGAGAGAAUGCCAAGAGUGUGCAAAGCAGUAAUCAGAGCGAAGGGUGGCUAUUUUGAAGAAACUACAAUAUAAAACAUGUUUUCAGUUGUUUCACCUUUUUUUUGUUAAGUACAUAACUCCACAUGUGUUCAUUCAUAGUGUUGAUGCCUUCAGUGACAAUCUACAAUGUAAAUAGUCAUGAAAAUAAAGAAAAUGCAUUGAAUGAGAAGGUUUGUCCAAACUUUUGGCCUGUACUGACAGUCGUGGUCAAAAGUUUACAUACACUUGUAAAGAACAUAAUGUCAUGGCUGUCUUGAGUUUCCAAUAAUUUCUACAACUCUUAUUUUUUUGUGAUAGAGUGAUUGGAGCACAUACUUGUUGGUCGCAAAAAAACAUUCAUGAAGUUUGGUUCUUUUAUGAAUUUAUUAUGGGUCUACUGUAAAUGUGACCAAAUCUGCUGGGUCAAAAGUAUACAUACAGCAAUGUUAAUAUUUGGUCACUUAGCAAGUUUCACUGCAAUAAGGCGCUUUUGGUAGCCAUCCACAAGCUUCUGGUUGAAUUUUUGACCACUCCUCUUGACAAAAUUGGUGCAGUUCAGCUAAAUUUGUUGGUUUUCUGACAUGGACUUGUUUCUUAAGCAUUGUCCACACAUUUAAGUCAGGACUUUGGGAAGGCCAUUCUAAAACCUUAAUUCUAGCCUGAUUUAGCCAUUCCUUUACCACUUUUGACGUGUGUUUGGGCUCAUUGUCCUGUUUGAACACCCAACUGCACCCAAGACCCAACCUCCGGGUUGAUGAUUUUAGGUUGUCCUGAAGAAUUUGGAGGUAAUCCUCCUUUUUCAUCGUACCAUUUACUCUCUGUAAAGCACCAGUUCCAUUGGCAGCAAAACAGGCCCAGAGCAUAAUACUACCACCACCAUGCUUGACGGUAGGAAUGGUGUUCCUGGGAUUAAAGGCCUCACCUUUUCUCCUCCAAACAUAUUGCUGGGUAUUGUGGCCAAACGGCAACAUUUAAGUUUAGUCUAAAUCCACAGCCAAUCCCUUUUUCUUUCCAGGCUGGUUCGUUGGCUGUUUCUAACCCAUAUUGAGUAAGCAAAAUAGACAACAAUUGGUGAAUGGCGAGAAAAGAAACACGUUGUAGGGGGCUCUGCCUCUCCAAAGUGGCUUUGUUUCCUGUACUCCACAGGAAGUGAUGUCAUUAAAACGGCAGUGACCUAAGGUUUCCAGCGGCACUACAAAAUGAAUACAUGAAUGAAGCGUUCUUUACACCUGGGAUAAAUGUAUCGUCACACUCUUACUCUUAACACACUCCAUAUAUGGAGUUGCUAUUAAACAUGCUUUACAACUAUAACAUUCUUGCUUUUUUAGUAUUAACUCAAUGCACCACAUACAGUUCCAGGAAAUAAACAUAUUUAAAUGUUUACUUUAUCGUAAAACUAUUAACAGAAAAGAAAACCAAAUCAGUUGUACAAACCCCGUUUCCAUAUGAGUUGGGAAAUUGUGUCAGAUGUAAAUAUAAACGGAAUACAAUGAUUUGCAAAUCAUUUUCAACCCAUAUUCAGUUAAAUAUGCUACAAAGACAACAUAUUUGAUGUUCAAACUGAUAAACUAUUUUUUUUUUGCAAAUAAUCCUUAACUUUAGAAUUUGUGCCAGCAACACGUGACAAAGAAGUUGGGAAAGGUGGCAAUAAAUACUGAUAAAGUUGAGGAAUGCUCAUCAAACACUUAUUUGGAACAUCCCACAGGUGAACAGGCAAAUUGGGAACAGGUGGGUGCCAUGAUUGGGUAUAAAAGUAGAUUCCAUGAAAUGCUCAGUCAUUCACAAACAAGGAUGGGGCGAGGGUCACCACUUUGUCAACAAAUGUGUGAGAGAAAUUGUUAAACAGUUUAAGAACAACAUUUCUCAACCAGCUAUUGCAAGGAAUUUAGGAAUUUCACCAUCUACGGUCCGUAAUAUCAUCAAAGGGUUCAGCGAAUCUGGAGAAAUCACUGCACGUAAGCAGCUAAGCCCGUGACCUUCGAUCCCUCAGGCUGUACUGCAUCAACAAGCGACAUCGGUGUGUAAAGGAUAUCACCACAUGGGCUCAGGAACACUUCAGAAACCCACUGUCAGUAACUCCAGUUGGUCGCUACAUCUGUAAGUGCAAGUUAAAACUCUCCUAUGCAAGGCGAAAACCGUUAAUCAACAACACCCAGAAACGCCUUCGGCUUUGCUGGGCCUGAGCCCAUUUAAGAUGGACUGAUGCAAAGUGGAAAAGUGUUCUGUGGUCUGACGAGUCCACAUUUCAAAUUGUUUUUGGAAACUAGAUGUCGUGUCCUCCGGACCAAAGAGGGAAAGAACCAUCCGGAUUGUUAUAGGCGCAACAAUGAUGUGAUGGUAUGGGGGUGUAUUAGUGCCCAAGACAUGGGUAACUUACACAUUUGUGAAGGCGCUAUUAAUACUUUAUGGUACAUACAGGUUUUGGAGCAACAUAUGUUGCCAUCCAAGCAAUGUUACAAUGGACGCCCCUGCUUAUUUCAGCAAGACAAUGCCAAGCCACGUGUUACAUCAACGUGGCUUCAUAGUAAAAGAGUGCGGGUACUAGACUGGCCUGCUUGUAGUCCAGACCUGUCUCCCAUUGAAAAUGUGUGGCGCAUUAUGAAGCCUAAAAUACCACAACGGAGACCCCCGGACUGUUGAACAACUUAAGCUGUGCAUCAAGCAAGAAUGGGAAACAAUCCACCUGAGAAGCUUAAAAAAUGUGUCUCCUCAGUUCCCAAACGUUUACUGAGUGUUGUUAAAAGGAAAGGCCAUGUAACACAGUGGUGAACAUGCCCUUUCCCGACUACUUUGGCACGUGUUGCAGCCAUUAAAUUCUAAGUUAAUUAUUAUUUGCAAAAAAAUAAUAAAGUUUAUGAGUUUGAACAUCAAAUAUCUUGUCUUUGUCGUGCAUUCAAUUGAAUAUGGGUUGAAAAGGAUUUGCAAAUCAUUGUAUUCCGUUUAUAUUUACAUUAACACAAUUUCCCAACUCAUAUGGAAACGGGGUUUGUAUUAUCAUGAGAAUCAUGUUAUGGCUAGGACAAGCCACAUUCCACCUUUCACAAUGUAAUUAGAACACACACGCGGUUAUAUAUCGACCCUAAUAAUUAAACAUGUCACACAAUUUUGUCUACCCUAUGAAAAAAAAAAAUAGACAGUGAUACAAAGUAAAAACAAAUAACACACUCAUGUUGUAUUAACAUUAAAUUGUUUAUUCAUUUUCAAACUUAAUGUUGCGGUGUGGUAAUAUGAAAAGUCAUCUGUUUUUGGUUAAAAAAAUAAUUUUCAUUUUUCUAUAUGAAAUAUAAAAUGGAAAUAUAACCGUUUUUUAAUUGUGUUAUUG